CUUUAGAACUAAUCCUUCGCUCAUUACCCGAAGAUUGUAUAUUUAAUUUAGUAUCAUUUGGUUCAAAAUUUACAUCUUUAUUUCCAGAAAGCAAACCUUACACAGAAGAAACUUUUAAAAAGGCAUUGGAUCAUACAAAAUCCAUGGAUGCAAGUUAUGGCGGAACUGAAAUUUAUAGUGUAUUGCAAUGGGUGUUACAGACUUCGCAAGAUAAAAGAAAGGAAUAUAUUGAUUUUCCCACUGCAAUAUUUGUACUAACAGAUGGACAAGUAUAUAAUGUCGAUCAAAUUGUUAAUUUAAUCUCUGAUUCCUUAUCCAAAAGAAAUGAUCUAUUACGAUUGUUUUCAUUGGGAAUUGGUAAUUCAGUUUCACAUAAUCUACUGGAAUCUAUUUCGCGAGCAGGUAAAGGAUACGCCCAAUUUGUGACUACCCAAGAAAGAAUGGAUAAAAAGAUUAUUGGAAUGUUGAAGAAUGCUGUAAAACCACCUAUUAAAGAUUAUAAGAUUACAUGGAUAGAUGAGAAAAGUAGUACAGAUAAUGACGACAAACCAUCAGCUUCUUCUUUCAUCAACUUUUUCAAGAAAUUAUCCAGUGACGCUACCAUUACAUCAACAUUGAAAUAUUGUUCUACCCCAUACAAAAUACCCAUACUUUACUCGGGUGUUAGAUUUAUAAUUUAUUGUUUUCUAUCCAAAGAGGUUUCUCCACCUAAACAUAUAAUUCUUGAGGCCGCAUGUGAAGAUGGACCAAUUCAUUUAGAGAUACCAAUUGAUCCAGUAACUUUGCAAGGAUCAAAGAUACACACAUUAGGUGCAAGAAAAAUGAUACAAGAUUUUGAAGAGGGAAGUUCUUAUUUACAUCAUAUUAUGAAAAACAAAGAGGAUAACAAUUUGGAUCAAGGAAUUGUUCGGGAACAGAUUGUAGACUUGGGCAAGAGAUUCAGUUUGGCAUCAAGAUAUACUAGUUUUUUAGCAAUUGACGAACGCGAGAAUUCACAAUUAUCCGUGACUAAAAUUUCACAAAAAUCAGAAAUUCAGCUUCAGUCUAUACAACGUAAAUCCUUAUCUAUUGAAUCACCAACGUCUUCAAUUCAACGCCUAUCUGGCAAAUCAGUAUUAAAGUCUCGGCAAACUUCAAAAUCAAAAAAAAUAUCUAGUAUAUUUGAAUCUUUUUUUUCUAAAAAAUCCAAAUCUGCUUCGAAGAGAUCGAACAGUCAGCCUUUUUUAUCCGAUGAUGGCGGUGUUGAUCGUUUUACCCUUGAGCGUGGCGAGAAUAUAGAAAUAUUGUUUAACUUCUUGAGAUUACAAUCAUAUGAUGGGAAGUUUUUAGCCAGUAAAGAGUUUUAUAGGUAUUUCGAUGAUGGUGAAGAUAAAAUUAAUAGUAAUUUGAAAAAAAGUAUUCCUGAAUUAGAGGAAAAAAAUAAACUUAUCAAAGAAGAAAUUUGGACGACAUCAAUUGCUAUAAAGUAUUUGGAGAUUGUGCUGUUUCCCAAAUUUAAAGAAGAAAGCGAGAUUUGCUUUGAGAAAGCAGCAAAAGUUUUAAAGAAGUUAGUAAUAGAAAAUGGAGAUGGAUGUAAAGGAAAUAAUUCAGAAGAAAAAGUUAAAUGGAUUUUAGAAAAAGCCGGAGAAUGGAUUACAAGAUGGGUUAAUGAAAGUUAA